CAAUAGCUCGAAUUCAUCCGCAACAGGGUCGUGAGGAAACACAAUCGGGCUCGAUCAGCAUCAAGUCUUCGGGGGGCCGUCUUGAACAGGUUCCGAUAGCAGGUAUCCAUACCAUAACACUGACACUAUCUAAAACCACGAAAGGAUCUAGCACCAGCUCAGGAAAAGGAAAGGGAGCAUUGCUAUACGCUCAUACCCCCAAAAAGCAGGUUCUCCGUCUCCAAAAUGCAGCUUAAGCAGCAAGUAGGCCGCCGGCAUCAGGCGUUCCAGGGCUCGCGCGGUGUUGUGCGGCGACCCACCAGCAUCGUGUGCCAGGCCAGCGGGAAUGAGCAGCAGUCUCGCCGGCAGGUGAUCGGCACCCUGGUCAACCUAGGCGCAUCGCUGGUUGCCGCGCCUGCUAUGGCCGACGCGUUCCUUUCGUCUACGGGAGCCCGCGGCCUUCUGGCUGAGGAGGAGCAGCGCCUGUACCAGCUGCGUGUGGAGAAGGAGACCGCUGCUCGGGAGGAGCUGGCGCGGGAGCGCUCACUUCUGGAGCAGGAGGCCAAGCGCACGCAAUUGUUCUCAUGGAUGCACCCGCUAGCCUCUAACGACGACGGCAAGCUGUGCGCCACGCCAUUUGGGGUGGACGUGGUGGGCAUCACGGAGCUGAUUGCGCUCAUUGGCGCGCUGGUGGGCGGCGUGACGGCGCGGCGGCGCAAGGAGGAGGUGGAGCGCCUGAACGAGCAGCUGCGCUCCAUCAACCUCAACCUGCGCCAGCAGGCGCGCGCCGGCACCGUGUACGCGCCAGGCCUGAGCUACGCACCCCCGGCUGCCGGUGGCGCCGUGGCGGCGCCCUCGCGCAACGGCACCGCCGCCGCGCCCCUGGUGGUGCCCGCCGCUGCCGCCGUGGCCACCCUGCCGCCGCCCGCCGCCGUGGUGCCCAAGCCCGAGCCCGUGGCCGCCUCCAUCCCCAGCGCCUCGCCCGCCUCCGCCGCCCUCAACACGCUAUUCAGCAUGGAGGAGGAGGAGAUGAGCAGCGACCAGAUCCAGUGCAAGGAGGCGCUGCGCGCAGGCAAGCGGUUGCUCAAGGAGAAGAACGGCGCCGCGGCCAUGGUGCGCUUCGAGAAGGCGCUCAUGCUGUCCAAGGCUCUGGCGGACAAGGUGCAAGAGCGCCGCGCGCAGCGCGGUCUCGCCGCCUCCUGCCGCAUCACGCACCAGUACCGCCAGGCCAUCAAGCACCUGGAGCGUGUGCUGGAGAUCUCCCGGGAGAUCGGCGAGUACACUGGUGACGCCGACGCGUUCGGCACCAUGGCCGACUGCUACACCGACAUGGGCGAGUUCGAGAAGGCCGCCGUGUACUACGACAAGUACAUUGAGCGCAUGAACAAGGACGGCCCCAUCUAAGUCUGCGACGUUGCAAGAGCAGCUGCUGCCAGGGCCCCUCUUAGUUAGCAGCUAGGCUGUGAGGUGGCGGCUGACGGCCGGGCCUGCAGCCCGGGCUGCGUGGCUUGGCGCAGUGGUUGCGCGCUGCAGCUCUGCCAAGCAGGAGACGGAAGGCUGGAGGAAAAGGAGUAAAGGCUGAGGCGGCACUGCGACAGUCGCCCGCCUGUGGCUGCGCGUAUGCGAGUGCGUGAGCGGUCCGGUAUUGAUACGAUGGGUGGUAUGUGAGUGCGUGCAUGUUAUUAAGGCGCAGCUGCGGGCAAGGUCGCAGAGGCGACUUUGUGUUUUGUAUUGAGAGAUGAGGUGUACGGUACGCAUUGAGGGCAUCACCAAGUGCGGCACGAUGGCAAAAGCCUCGAGUGCCUCACGGUAACAUUUUGAUUUAUGCCGGGACACCGGGCAUUGUGUGUUGAAAUGGCAGUGCAUGGACGUUAGGUGUAGCCGCUGUGGGAUGAGUGCAGGACAGGCACAAGAUAUCUUACGGGGCUACACCACAGAACAAUGCUGCGAUGCGGUGGCGAAGCGAAUAAAAUUAUUGGUGUCCAUUUUCUGGGACCCUAGACGCACGGCCGGUGUGUGCCAGUUUCAGCAAUAUGUGCGACGUGUUGGUCCACUGCCGCCUUAUGUGUUGCGGGAUUUGAGGCAUGGCGCUGGUCGCGAUGUAAAACUGCGAGAGU